UCCAGAAUGACCUCUGUAUAAAAAGCUAAAAAGUUAUGCACAGAAUUUUCUUGAGCUGUCUUCAACGCAGCAGUAAAUCUCUCCUGGUACAAACAGCACCACUCUCACUAGCCAUGUCCACAGUGUCCACAGCGUCCACAACAUCCACAGUGUCCACUGAUAUGGCAGCCAAGUAUGCUAAACUACCAAAGGUAGAGCUUCAUGUUCAUCUGGAUGGUGCUUGUCGUCUGAACACUCUACGGGAGCUCUCGAAGGAGUACGGUCUCCCGUAUCCCCAUGACGAUGAAGAGGCAUUCAAGUUGUGGGUUGCCCUGCCAUCAGCUGCUCCCUCCCUUGUGGACUUCCUCAAGGUCUUCACAGCCCUGGCAGAGAUACUCCGGACAGAGGAAGCUCUGGCGAGGGUGGCCUACGAAUAUGUAGAGGACCUUCAUCGUCAGAAUGCAGUAUACGCUGAGAUCCGGUACAACCCGUUUAGUGAGGUGGUGGGUGGACCCACUGGGGAGCAGUACUGUGAGGGAGUCAUCGCAGGACUCGAGCGAGGAGAGAAGGAGUUUGGGGUUAAAGUGCGAUCCAUCCUCUGCUUCAAGAGAGAGAAUCCAGAGCGCUGUGCUGAAAUCGUCUCUCUGGCUCACCGCUACAUGUCUCGAGGGGUUGUGGGUGUGGACAUUGCCGGUAAUGAGCUGCUACCCCUGGACCCUCGACACAUAGACGGGUUCCUAACGGCCAAAAAACUGGGGCUACAUGUGACAGUGCACGCUGGAGAAUCAGGUCCAGCAGAGAACGUGAGGCAGGCCAUUGAAGAUUUGGGGGCAGAGAGGAUUGGACAUGGCUAUCAUGUGCUGCAAAAUGAGGAUAUCUAUUGCCUUGCAAGAGAGAAGAAGAUCCAUUUUGAGGUAUGCCCCACAUCGAGUGUGUACACCAGCUCCACUCAGAACGACAACCACGCCUCCCUGCGUUUUGCGAGGGAUGGUGUCUCCUUCUCUAUAAACACGGAUGACCCCGGAGUCAUGCUCUGUGAUCUCAAUGGAGAGUAUGUAGUGGCAGAGAGGGACAUUGGACUGACCUACGAUCAGCUCAAACAGUUGGCACUCGCUGGUGCUGAGGCUGCCUUCCUGCCAGACCAAGAGAAGCAGGAGGUAGUGAAAGCCAUCAGAGAGCGACUGGCAGCAUUAGAACAAGGACACUGCUGAACAGUGCUUACGAUUUGAUAUUCACUAUUAGUACGUAGCAAAGACUCAAUUAAUUUUGUAUUUAAUAUUCAGUUUGUUCAUUCAUUAGCAAAGAUAGUUUGUUCAUCAUUAUGGUAGCAGACAUGAUCAUGUGAUUUGA